AUGGCUGGUACUCAAUACGGUGCGAUCGGCCUGACAUUCAAAAUUGUCCGCAUUCUCCAGGCCGUGUGUUUAAUUGCAAUUAUUGGCAUGACUUCAAACUUCAUUUCCCAGAUGGUCUCGAACAAUACCAAUCCUCCGGAAGUGCUUGUGGGUACUCUUAGUGUGACCUGUAUUGCAGUCUUGUACUGCGUCGUCACAUUCAUUCUCUUUCUCGAUGACAUCCUCCCAUUCUUAAUCAGUACUGGGCUGGACGGCCUUCACCUUAUUGCUGUGGUUGUUGUUGCUGUUACCGUUGGAAAACCAUUGUCUUACGUCAAUUGUAACAUUCUUGGCAGGGUUGCGAGCAGUAUGUCUUCGGCUUAUACCUUCACCGCCGCGCUGGGUAACUCUCUUGCCAAGAAUGGUGAUAAAAUCAGUUAUACACACUGGAUCGGCACUUCAAAGCAAAGCUGCCUUGAAAUGAAAUCCAUUUGGGGGUUGAGUAUUGCUCUCUGUAUUCUCUUUGCGCUGUCCGCCACGUGCAGCAUCGUUAUGUGGCGCCAAAAGAAGCCAGUCCCUCCCAAGGAUGUUGAAGGAUAA